AUACUACGUAGCUGUUGGCACGCAUUAUUGAUAGAAGAGUAGCAAUAGCCUAAUAUUGUCAGGAUGCCAACUCUUUUACUUCUGCAGGAUGCUGUUUCAUAAAAUAUGCAACUUCCGAGGAUGCUGAGAUGGCUAUUAGAGCUUUGCACAAUCAAUACACUUUACCUGGGGGAACGGGCCCUAUACAAGUUAGAUAUGCUGAUGGAGAUAGGGAGCGCCUUGGUGCAGUUGAGCACAAGCUGUUCGUUGGGUCUAUGAACAGACACGCUGCAGAGAAAGAAAUCGAGGAGAUUUUUGCUCCUUAUGGCCGGGUUGAAGAUGUUUACAUUAUGCGGGAUGAUCUAAAGCAAAGUCGUGGAUGUGGAUUUGUUAAAUUUUCUCAUAGAGAUAUGGCAGUAGCCGCUAUGAAUGCGCUUAAUGGAACCUAUUUAAUGAAAGAUUGUGAUCAGCCAUUAACAGUUCGAUUUGCUGAUCCUAAGAGGCCUAGAGUGGGAGAUUCGAGGGGAACUCCUUCAUUUGGUGGUCCUGGUUUUGGUCCCCGCUCACAAGCACCAUCAGGGUUUAGACCGGCAUCAAAUCUUGGCGACCCUAUGGGUGGACGAGGACCACCUAGUUCGUGGAAUCCAAUUAGUCCUCAGAAUGCAGGACCAACUUCUGAUGCUAAUGCACACGGUUUCAAUGGUCAGUUGGGUGCUAGAAGUGGUGGUACGACGGUUCCAUCUGCCACUAGUGGGCCAAUGGGAGGCUUCGGCGGUCCUUCAAAUGGUUCUCAUCCACCACUUGCACCUUUACCUUCUCCAAUCCCUCAACAGGGUUAUAACCAGUCUAUGCCGCAAAUACCAUCUGGUGGACAGCAAAUUUCACCUUUAUCGAAGCCACUUCAAUCUACUCCCGACUUGCUGCCUCCAGUACAACUACAAUCGCAGAACACGCCAGUAUCAUCUUACUCACAGACAUCAACACAACAAGGCCAGUUACAGAUUCCCAACUCUGCCAUUCGACCCUCCCUUAAUCAGGCAUUUCCAUCGCAACAUUCAUCUGGCUCAGUAGGUCAAGUGCCAGUUUCCCAGCCUCAGGUCCAGCAGAGUGCCUCUGUUGCUCCACAGUUCUCGCAACAAGGUGUCUCUGGGCCUACUGGCAUUCAGCAGAAGCAACAAUUGCAUCAGCCACCACACCAAUCGCCCUCCCAGCUAGCUCAAGUCCUGUCUCAGCAAACACAAGCUUUGCAAGCUAGGUUUCAGUCAUCACAACAAGCAUUCACUCAGCUACAGCAAAAGAUGCAUAUGAUGCAGCAGUCUGGUCAAAAUCUAGCUCAGCAGCCAAAUGCCCAAGCAACUAAAUUACAGUCUCCAUGGUCAGGAAACAUUCCUCAAGGGCAGACAGUUCCCAACAGUCUUGCUACUGCAGCUGCUGUGCCGGGGUCUUCAACAACAGCUGGUACAACUCCUGCUUUAGCACCUAUUGUUGGGCAGGUUGCACUUCCUCCUUGUAAUUGGACAGAGCACACGUCCCCUGAAGGAUACAAGUACUAUUAUAACAGUGUAACAAGUGAAAGCAGGUGGGAGAAGCCUGAGGAGUUAACCUUGUUUGAGCAACGACAGCAACAAAAGUUAUCUCAUCCUCAAAAACCUCCGGUUCAACAAUUUCAAUCUCCUGCACAUUCACAGUCACAACCGCAAGUCCUAUCUACUCAGCAAGGCCCUCAGUCGCAACAAAAUCAGAUUCAACCACAGGUCCUAUCUAGCCAACAAGGCCCUCAGUCACAACAAAAUCAGAUUCAACCGCAGAUGCGCCACCCCCAACAGCUGCAGCAACCUUCUUUAAAUUCACCGUACCAGGGAUCUGGCUUCGCUGGUCAACAAAAUGCUCAGGAACUUGGUUAUGCUCAAUCCCAGGCUUCAGCCAAUUCAGGUGUUGACCCUGGUCGUUUCCACCAGGGGAUUCAGGCACAGGAGUGGGCGUGGAAGAACAAACCUACAGGAGCAUAAUUUAGAGAAGGGAUCCUGAAGCAAGAUGCAGCUAAAGCUUGUGUACUUGAAGGAGAGAAAGUUCCGUUCUACAUGAACAAUGGGUGGUGCACAGCGGUUUAUGCGGCGAAAUGUAUGAUAGAGGAGAAUCCAUGCUAGCAAGAGCAAUAACCUGAGGACUGGAAGCUGUCCGUUCUGUGCUGUGCUCAUCUUGUGUUAUAUGUACUUUGAGCUUCACCGUUGACCUUGUUGAGGUUUUACAAUUUCAGUAACACUUAUGGAAAAUUUUCACAAGGGAAAGCCCAAAAAGUUGAACAAAAUCUGUAACCUCUGUUGUCAGAUAAUUGUAAUGAUGGUCAUGGGUAAUAUUGCGCUGAUUAUAAUUUUGAAUGCAAACUUGAGCAACUCAAGAUGCAUUAUUCAUGUUC